UGUCCCCCCCCCAGCGAUGUCACCGUGCCCAGAACCCAGACCCAGCGUCUGUGACCUCAGCCCUGGGGCCAGGGCAGGAGGUGGCACCCUGAGCUCUGCUGCUCUGCUGGCCACCAGCCCUCGUGUCCUGCAGCCAUGGCUCUGCUCCCGCUCCUCCUCCUGCUGGCCCUGUGCUGGGCUGCCCACGGCUCCUGGGACACCUGUGGGACUUGCGGGAUGCGGCCCAUGUUUCAAGGGCUGGACCAGUCCCGCGUGGUGGGGGGCACAAACGCCCGGGCAGGGUCCUGGCCCUGGAUCGUCAGCCUCCAGGACGGCUGGGGACACGUGUGCGGAGGGUCCCUCAUCACCCCCCAGUGGGUCCUCACCGCAGCCCACUGCUUCGACGAGGCCGGGCCCGGCACCCUCUGGCACGUGCUGCUGGGGGCCACCCAGCUGAGCCGCCCGGGCCGCCACGCCGAGGUGCGCAACGUCACCCAGAUCCGGAUUCACCAGGACUACCACAACAUCUCCAUGACCAACGACAUCGCGCUGCUGGAGCUGGAGCGGCCCGUCCAGUGCAGCUCCUACAUCCAGCUGGCCUGCGUGCCCGACUUCUCGGUCAGCCUGUCGCAGCUGAGGUCCUGCUACGUCAGCGGCUGGGGGGCCACCACCGCCAGAUCCACCGAGGUCAGCGACAUGCUGCAGGAGGCCAGGGUGGAGAUGAUGGAUGUCAAGGUCUGCAACAGCAGCGGGUGGUACCUGUGGGAAGUCCACCCCUACAACCUGUGUGCCGGCUACGAGCGGGGGGCCAUCGACACCUGCCAGGGGGACAGCGGGGGCCCUCUCUCCUGCCAAGAUGGACAAGCCGACUACUUCUGGGUGGUGGGAGUGACCAGCUGGGGGAAAGGCUGCGCCAGAGUCCGAAGGCCCGGGAUCUACACCUCCACGCAGCACUUCUACGGCUGGAUCCUGGCACAGCUGGGGCUGGAGCCGGAGGCAGCGGAGGCAGCGGAGGCAGCUCCACAGCCCGGCCCCACCUCAACCCCCUCCCAGCCAGGACCAGCACCAGUACCCGAGGGCUGGGCUGCUGCCUGUCCCUUCCCAGUCCAGAAGGUGCUGCAGUUCUUCCAGCUGCUGCAGGAGCUGCUGCAGGUCCUGAGGGGAGCCCGGGCUUGAGCAGCAGAGGGAGAGGAUCCAGCGCAGGCUGCGGUGCCCCAGGGCAUCUCCUCCUGGGCCAGGGCCUGCGGGUCCCGAGGAGGCCCCAGCGCCCCAGGCCUGCCCUGCCCUGCCCUGCCCUGCCCGCUCUCCUCUGGGGCACAGAGAUGCUGUUGUUGAGGCGGUUCUUGCAAUAAAGUUGUCAGUGUUCCCAGCUCCCCCUGCUACAG